UGUUUACCGGCAGUUACGAAGUGUGCGUGUUAUACUUUUGCGAUCUGUUGCUGCUAAAUUACGCAAUAUUUCGAAAUUAAAAAUGGAUGAUAGUAGUCUAGUGCUAGUGACGCAUCUGAUGGUUCGAGAAAAAGAAAAAGAACUAUGUCUAAACGAGAAAGGGCAAAAAAAUGCGAUACACGAAUCAUAUGCCUAAUGCUGAAGAUUUUGAAGUGAAGUGCAAGCAUUUAAAAACUGCACUCCAGUGUCAUGAAGUUUCUACAGAGGAUGUAAAACGUGUUAGAGAGUUUGUGUAUAGACAACCAGUAAAAACGAUAAUAGAUAAUAAAAUAGCCCACUUGAUUGAAGUUAAGCAUCCUAAAAGGAAAAAAAGUGAAGAAACAUUGACAAAUAAAGGCCAAGCAAUUAGGCUGGAUUAUUUUUUAAGAAAUAUUAACUCUAAGAGGCUGUUAGUGUGUCAAAAGAUGUUUUUGGCUGCUUUGAAGAUCUCACAACGGAAUAUCCUUACUAUCGGAAAAAAGAAGGCAGAAGGGCAGAUAAUUGAGAGAAGGGGAGAAGACUGGGAAGAUAAUGAAACCUUCGCUUGGUACAAGAACCAACUAAAUGAAAGAAGAAAUCCAACAGGAGACGAGGACGAAACAUGCCCGGAAUCCGACGAUGUAGAUCCAGAGUUGUGUGACUGUGCUGAGGAAGACAUUGGCUUGAAAAUAUAA